AUGAAGUAUUUGGGUGUUACACAAUUUCAGUCAGUCGAUGCGAGAUCAGCUUUCCCAUGCUACGAUGAACCAGGAAUCAAAACCACUUACGAUAUCAAGAUUGCCUGCGGAAUCGAGUACCACGCGAGAGCAAAUUCCCCAGUUCCUGGAAUGAAUCUUCUACCAAACGGGAAGAAACUCACCACUUUCCAGACAACUCCACGAAUGCAAACCUACCUAGUUGCCUUCUUGGUAUCUGAUUUCAUUUCCGAGCGACAGGUUGUUACCAAUCCCCGCCAAGUUGCCGUUUCAACUUUCGCUCGACCCACAGCUAGACAUGAACUGAGUUAUUCAGUCGAUGCAUCAGUGAAAUUCCUUCGUGAGAUGGAGAUAUACUUCAAUCAGAGUUACGCCAUGUCCAAGAUAGAUAACGUAGCGAUCAAUAAUAAUGAUUUGGCUGCUUUCUCUGCAAUGGAAAAUUGGGGUUUGGUGACUUAUCGCGAAUCGAUCAUUUUGUAUGAUCCAGAAACACAGGGUGAAAGCCAGCGUGUUCAGGUAGUGCAACUUGUUGGCCACGAAUACACACACCAGCUGUUUGGGAAUCUUCUAGCUGCCAAAUGGUGGUCGUAUCUGUGGCUGAAUGAGGGAUUUGCCCGACUGUAUCAACUCUAUGUCACCGAAUUUGUAGGAAGACUAAAACUUACAACUUUGCGCUGGAGUACGUUAAAUACCGAUGCCAAUCCAACGGUUCGUCCAAUGACUCAUUACGUGGAGACGCGACAAGAAAUUCAAGAGUUGUUUGACACCAUUGCUUACCAAAAAGCCGCUAGUGUUCUACGUAUGCUGAACUACGCUCUCACAGAAUCCACCUUUCAGAAGGGUCUGAGAUACUAUAUCCAGCAAAACAAAGAAAAAGGAGUCGUUGACGAGAAUGAUCUCUUCGAUGGCCUACAUCAGGCUAUAUCUGAAGAUGCAACCCUUCCGCUGAGUCUGACUAUACACGAAAUAUUCAGAUCAUGGUCUCAACAACCCGGUGUACCGGUUGGCUCUGUAAAACGCGAUGGUGAUACAAAUGAAUUUCUAUUUUCUCAAGAGCGCUUCUACCGUGAACCUCAAGAAAAUCCUGGGCAGCAAUCCUGGUGGAUCCCCAUUUCGUAUUUCACACCCACUAGUAAUGGAUUGCACAACUCAACAGCAGCCUUCUGGAUGCCCCCCGGAGUUUCCGAAGUGAGCCACAAGUUCGAAUUGCUCGAGGACGACAUACUACUGAUUAACCCAUUAGUUCGGGGCUACUAUCGCGUGAAUUACGAAACAAAUAUGUGGAAGCAAAUCAUUCAGAAACUGAACAAUGACGCAAGUUUCUUCCAUCGUCUCACAAAGUCACAGAUGAUUGACGAUGCGAUGAGUCUAGCUCAUGCUGGACAGCUUGAUUACGAAAUCGCAUUCCAAAUAUUCGACUUCCUUCAGAAUGAAAUUGAAUACAUUCCUUGGGCCACCGCUUCUUCGCAUCUAAGAUUCCUCCGUCGAAUGCUGCGCCAUGACAAAGUAGCCGAAAUGAAUGUGGAAAUCUAUAGUGCCAAACUUUCACGUAAGCUCCUUUCUACAUAUGGUUUGAAUUCUCUGAAGAAAGAGUCCGUUGACGCAACGGAUGCUCGUUUGAUAGCCUUGAAGUUGGCUUGUAAAACCAAUAUAGAAUGUAAACAUGAAGCAAGUGAAAUAUUUAGCAACAUUAAAUCGAGGAAAUCAUUUACAAUCAACAACAAAUCCGAGCAGAUAGUAGUCUGUAAUCGAUUGCGCAAAGCCACCGAGAAUGAAUACGCGUCAAUGAUGGAUCAUUUGAAAAGAACUACGAAUCAAAAUUCUCGCAGUCUUCUUAUUGAAGCAAUCGCUUGCGCGGAAAAUAAACUGGUGAUCAAUAAGCUUUUGGAUACUAUAGAGGCAGAUGGGCUUAAACCCAAUGAAAAAUUGCAAAUUAUUCAGGCACUCUACCAAAACUCUCUCGAAGAUCUUAACGCUGUUGUCGAAUUAUUUUACACAACUUCUGAUAUCAUUGACACACUAAAAAUCAAUCAACGAUCAUUGAUCAAACUAAUGGAAAGCAUCGCCGAGCACACAGUCGAACCACAAACUGCAGCUAAGGUGGAUGCCAUUGCUAAGAGACACAUCCCUCAACAGAUGGAAAAGGUGCGAGACAGACUCCAAGCCAAUCGCAGUUGGAUCCACAGAAAUGCAGCCAUUGUAUUGAACAUACUGUACAAAUUUGGAAUAACUCUAACCGGGUGUGAUAUCAAGAUGCAUAAGGUGUUCGCACUGCUACUGAUGCUUUCUGCCAGUGUUUUCACUGCAAGUGCACAACAAGAGAGCGAGUUCACGUCCUUUCGAUUAACCAAUACAACAAUUCCAACACACUACGAUCUGUCCCUGGAUACAAAUGUCCAUCUUGGACAGUUCGAAUACACGGGAAAUGUGAAGAUCAACAUUCAAGUUUUGGAGGAUACAAAGCAAAUCGUACUUCACAGUAUUCGCAGUGUGAUAAAUCGGUUACAACUUCGCAGCAGUGAUCAGUUACCUGUAUCAGUCUAUAGUUUCGAGUUCAACGAGGAAAAAGAAUUUCUGAUCAUCAAAACAAACGCAGUUCUCCCGACCGGUACAUACUACGUGCUUGACAUCGAUUUUACGAAUAGUUUGGAUAGAACAGAUGCUGCUGGAUUUUAUCGAUCGUCCUACGUGAAUGCGGAUGGAGAGACAAAGUAUUUGGGUGUAACACAAUUUGAAUCGUGCGACGCGAGAUCAGCUUUUCCAUGCUAUGAUGAACCAGGAAUCAAGACCACUUAUGAUAUUAAGAUUGCCUGCGGAAUUGAGUACCACGCGAGAGCAAAUUCCCCAGUACUUGGAAUUAAUCUUCUACCAAACGGGAAGAAACUCACCACUUUCCAGACAACUCCACGAAUGCAAACCUACCUAGUUGCCUUCUUGGUAUCUGAUUUCAUUUCCGAGCGACAGGUUGUUACCAAUCCCCGCCAAGUUGCCGUUUCAACUUUCGCUCGACCCACAGCUAAACAUCAGCUGAGUUAUUCAGUCGAUGCAUCGGUAAAAUUCCUUCAUGAGUUGGAGAUAUACUUCAAUCAGAGUUACGCCAUGUCCAAGAUAGAUAACGUAGCAGUCAAUGAUAAUGAUUUCGCUGCUGGUGCAAUGGAAAAUUGGGGUUUGGUGACUUAUCGCGAAUCGGCCAUUUUGUAUGAUCCAGAAACACAGGGUGAAAGUCAACGUGUGCAGGUGGUGGGAAUUGUUGGUCACGAAUACACACAUCAGCUAUUUGGUAAUCUUCUAGCGCCCAAGUGGUGGUCGUAUCUGUGGCUUAAUGAGGGAUUUGCCCGACUGUAUCAAUACUAUGUCAGCGAAUUUAGUCAUCCAGAGCUGAACAUGCGUGAACGAUUCGCUGGUGUUCAUGAAACAGCGUUAAAUACCGAUGCCAAUCCAAUGGUUCGCCCGAUGACUCAUUACGUGGAGACACGACGAGAAAUUCAAGGGUUGUUUGAUAACAUUGCGUACGCUAAAGCCGCUAGUGUUCUGCGUAUGCUGAACUACGCUCUUACAGAAUCCACCUUCCAAAAGGGGCUGAGAUACUAUAUCCAACGAAACAAAGAAAGUGGAGUCGUAGACGAGAAUGAUCUCUUCGAUGGCCUACAUCAGGCUAUAUCUGAAGAUGCGACACUUCCGCUAAGCCUGACUAUACACGAAAUAUUCAGAUCAUGGUCUCAACAGCCCGGAGCACCAGUUGUCUCUGUAAAACGCGUUGGUGAUACAAAUGAAUUUUUACUUUCUCAAGAACGCCUCUACCGUGAACCUCAAGAAAAUCCUGGACAACAAUCCUGGUGGAUCCCCAUUUCGUAUUUCACACCCACUAGUAAUGGAUUGCACAACUCAACAGCAGCCUUCUGGAUGCCCCCCGGAGUUUCCGAAGUGAGCCACAAGUUCGAAUUGCUCGAGGACGACAUACUACUGAUUAACCCAUUAGCUCGGGGCUACUAUCGCGUGAAUUACGAAACAAAUAUGUGGAAGCAAAUCAUUCAGAAACUGAACAAUGAUGCAAGUUUCUUCCAUCGUCUCACAAAGUCACAGAUGAUUGACGAUGCGAUGAGUCUAGCUCAUGCUGGACAGCUUGAUUACGAAAUCGCAUUCCAAAUAUUCGACUUCCUUCAGAAUGAAAUUGAAUACAUUCCUUGGGCCACCGCUUCUUCGCAUCUAAGAUUCCUCCGUCGAAUGCUGCGCCAUGACAAAGUAGCCGAAAUGAAUGUGGAAAUCUAUAGUGCCAAACUUUCACGUAAGCUCCUUUCUACAUAUGGUUUGAAUUCUCUGAAGAAAGAGUCCGUUGACGCAACGGAUGCUCGUUUGAUAGCCUUGGAGUUGGCUUGUAAAACCAAUAUAGAAUGUAAACAUGAAGCAAGUGAAAUAUUUAGCAACAUUAAAACGAGGAAAUCAUUUACAAUCAACAACAAAUCCGAACAGAUAAUUGUCUGUAAUCGAUUGCGCAAAAGCACAGAGGAUGAAUAUGCGUCAUUGAUGGAUCAUUUGAAGAGAACUACGAAUCAAAAUUCCCGCAAUCAUCUUAUUGAAGCAAUUGCUUGCGCAGAAAAUAAACUGGUAAUCGAUAAGCUUCUGGAUACAAUAAAACCGGAUGGGCUUGAACCCAAUGAAAAACUGCAAGUUAUUAAGGCACUCUACCAAAACUCUCUUGAAGGUCUCAACGCUGUUGUGGAAUUAUUUUACACAACCUCUGAUAUCAUUGACGCACUAAAAAUCAAUCAACGGUCAUUGAUCAAACUAAUGGAAAGCAUCGCCGAGUACACAGUAGAACCUAGAACUGCAGCUACGGUGGAAACCAUUGCUAAGAGACACAUCCCUCAACAGAUGGAAAAGGUGCGAGACAGACUCCAAGCCAAUCGCAGUUGGAUCCGCAGAAAUGCAGCCAUUGUUUCGAACAUGCUGUACAAAUUUGGAAUCAUUAACGGCAAUAUCAUCCGCGAAGGCAACGAUCUCCACGCCUCUAGACAGUUUCAGCUUCAGUACGCCAUCGUACAGUUGGUGUUAACGAAGUGUGUACCCCUUGCAUACCCUCCAGCUCAAUCUGAACAAACUCUUACCGGGAGUGAUAUCAAGAUGCGCAAGUUGUUUGCACUGCUACUGGUGCUUUUUGCCAGUAUUUUCACUGCAAGUGCACAAGAGAACGAGUUCACAUCCUUUCGUUUACCCAAUACAACAAUUCCAACACACUACGAUCUGUCCCUGGAUACAAAUGUCCACCUUGGACAGUUCGAAUAUACGGGUAAUGUGAAAAUCAACAUUCAAGUUUUGGAGGAUACAAAACAAAUCGUACUUCACAGUAUUCGCAGUGUGAUAAAUCGGUUGCAACUUCGCAGCAGUGAUCAGUUAUCAUUAUCAGUUUACAAUUUCGAGUUCAAUGUAGAAAAAGAAUUUCUGAUCAUCAGAACGGUUGAAGUGCUUCCGGCCGGUACACACUACGUGCUAGACAUCGAUUUUACCAAUAGUUUGGAUAGAACCGAUGCUCAUGGAUUUUAUCGAUCGUCCUACAUGAAUGCGGAUGGAGAGACAAAGUAUUUAGGUGUAACACAAUUUGAGUCGUGCGACGCGAGAUCAGCUUUCCCGUGCUAUGAUGAACCAGGAAUCAAGACCACUUAUGAUAUUAAGAUUACCUGCGGAAUCGAAUAUCACGCAAGAGCAAAUUCCCCAAUUCUUGGAAUUAAUCUCCUACCAAACGGGAAGAAACUCACCACUUUCCAGACAACUCCACGAAUGCAAACCUACCUAGUUGCCUUCUUGGUAUCUGAUUUCAUCUCCGAACGUCAGGUUGUCAUCAAUCGCCACCAGAUUGCCGUUUCAACUUUCGCUCGACCCACAGCUAAACAUCAGCUGAGUUAUUCAGUCGAUGCAUCGGUAAAAUUCCUUCGUGAGUUGGAGAUAUACUUCAAUCAGAGUUACGCCAUGUCCAAGAUAGAUAACGUAGCAGUCAAUAAUAAUGAUUUUGCUGCUGGUGCGAUGGAAAAUUGGGGUUUGGUUACUUAUCUCGAAUCGGCCAUCUUGUAUGAUCCAGAAACACAGGGUGAAAGCCAGCGUAUGCAGGUGGUGGAAAUUAUCGGUCACGAAUACACACACCAGCUGUUUGGGAACCUUCUAGCUCCCAAAUGGUGGUCGUAUCUGUGGCUGAAUGAGGGAUUUGCCCAACUGUAUCAGCACUAUGUCAGCGAAUUUAGUCAUUCAGAGCUGAACAUGCGUGAACGAUUCGCUCGUGUGCGUGAAAUAGCGUUGAAUGCCGAUGGCAAUCCAACGGUUCGCCCGAUGACUUUUUACGUGGAGACGCGACAAGAAAUUCAAGGAUUGUUUGACAACAUCGCUUACUCUAAAGCCGCUAGUGUUCUACGUAUGCUGAACUACGCUCUCACAGAAUCCACCUUCCAGAAGGGUCUGAGAUACUAUAUCCAGCAAAACAAAGAAAAAGGAGUCGUUGACGAGAAUGAUCUUUUCGAUGGCCUACAUCAGGCUAUAUCUGAAGAUGCAGCACUUCCGCUGAGUCUGACUAUACACGAAAUAUUCAGAUCAUGGUCUCAACAAUCCGGUGUACCAGUUGUCUCUGUAAAACGCGUUGGUGAUACCAAUGAAUUUCUAUUCGUUCAAGAGCGCUUCUACCGUGAACCUCAAGAAAAUCCUGGACAACAAUCCUGGUGGAUCCCCAUUUCGUAUUUCACACCCACUAGUAAUGGAUUGCACAACUCAACAGCAGCCUUCUGGAUGCCCCCCGGAGUUUCCGAAGUGAGCCACAAGUUCGAAUUGCUCGAGGACGACAUACUACUGAUUAACCCAUUAGCUCGGGGCUACUAUCGCGUGAAUUACGAAACAAAUAUGUGGAAGCAAAUCAUUCAGAAACUGAACAAUGACGCAAGUUUCUUCCAUCGUCUCACAAAGUCACAGAUGAUUGACGAUGCGAUGAGUCUAGCUCAUGCUGGACAGCUUGAUUACGAAAUCGCAUUCCAAAUAUUCGACUUCCUUCAGAAUGAAAUUGAAUACAUUCCUUGGGCCACCGCUUCUUCGCAUCUAAGAUUCCUCCGUCGAAUGCUGCGCCAUGACAAAGUAGCCGAAAUGAAUGUGGAAAUCUAUAGUGCCAAACUUUCACGUAAGCUCCUUUCUACAUAUGGUUUGAAUUCUCUGAAGAAAGAGUCCGUUGACGCAACGGAUGCUCGUUUGAUAGCCUUGGAGUUGGCUUGUAAAACCAACAUAGAAUGUAAACAUGAAGCAAGUGAAAUAUUUAGCAACAUUAAAACGAGGAAAUCAUUUACAAUCAACAACAAAUCCGAGCAGAUAGUAGUCUGUAAUCGAUUGCGCAAAGCCACCGAGAAUGAAUACGCGUCAAUGAUGGAUCAUUUGAAGAGAACUACGAAUCAAAAUUCUCGCAGUCUUCUUAUUGAAGCAAUCGCUUGCGCGGAAAAUAAACUGGUGAUCAAUAAGCUUUUGGAUACUAUAGAGGCAGAUGGGCUUAAACCCAAUGAAAAAUUGCAAAUUAUUCAGGCACUCUACCAAAACUCUCUCGAAGGUCUUAACGCUGUUGUCGAAUUAUUUUACACAACUUCUGAUAUCAUUGACGUACUAAAAAUCAAUCAACGAUCAAUGAUCAAACUAAUAGCAAGCAUCGCCGAGUACACAGUCGAACCACAAACUGCAGCUAAGGUGGAUGCCAUUGCUAAGAGACACAUCCCUCAACAGAUGGAAAAGGUGCGAGACAGACUCCAAGCCAAUCGCAGAUGGAUCAACAGAAAUGCAGCCAUUGUUUCGAGCAUGUUGUACAAAUUUGGAAUGUGAUAUACACAUGAUUCCUCGUGAAUUGGGUCGGUUAAUAAAUUAUCCUAGUACGCGACUGUACUCGUAGGGACUCGUAA